UGUUGGAAAGAGAUGGAAUAAAAGAGAGUAAAAGAGAAAGAAACAGAUUAGGAAUAAAAAAAACGAAAUAGAAAGUGGUCUGUCCAGUGCAAGAAACUACAGUCUCCGACGCUUUUAAAGCGCCUCCUCCCGUAUGCGGACCACGGUGUGUUCCUGUUUUCCACACACUAUAGCAAGGGGUACGGUGUUGUCUUGAAAGUUCCCGCAUCACUGUACCCGCAUUUCUCGUGCGGUUGUCGACUCGAAAAGUAUCUUCUGGUUUGAAAAAUUCAACAUUCUUGGAAUACACGCGUAUAAAUUACAUUUAGAAAUAUGAGGAAGCUUUUGGCUCUUUCGGUAAUCGUAUUGGCAUGUGUAAUGAUCAACGCUCAAGGACAGGUAUCCCCUCCAAAACCAUCAGUCUAUGGAACAACUUUUGGCGACAUUGUCGUAUCGUCCGAUUUAAGUGUACGAAGAAAAUCAAAGGAAAAUCGUCAAGGCAAAAGAUUACUUUCAAAUGUACCAUCAGGUACUACCGGUUCGCCUGAAAAAUCAACCCCAAUUGCAUCCAGGCUCGUCUCCAACGACGGCAGUCGUGUUACACCAGUGAAAAGAACUAAGCGUGGAUCUAUUACACGCCAAACAAGAUAUUUGGAUCUGGGAGUAGCGGGAUACUUGCUGAAGUCUCAGAAACGAUAAGAAUUAAAAAACGAGGACAACCGCACAAUCCCCACACCCCCAUCUGUGAUCACACCUUUCGACUACCUUUCGGACUCGGCUCAUGUAUCAAAAAUUUAAUAAAAAUUUGUCUGUUUCAUAACACU